GAUAGAUAGAUAGAUUAACUAUACUUUUGCAUUGUUGACCUAAAGUGAUAAUGAUAAUAAAUAACAUCUAUCGUGAAUUCAUAAUCCAAAUUUCAACACAUGAUUUAAAAAAAAAUGUCUACAUCCAAUUAGCAAGUACGAACUAUCAAGACAUCAAACACAACAAUCACCUUCCCUAUCUAAAUACCCACUUUUCCAUCCACAUCUAAGCUGUUGAUGUCGGGGUUGUAGCUGACGUUUUUUUUUUUAUGCAUGGCAUCGGAGUCGGUCGACGACCAUCUUUCAUCAAGAUCACCAUCAUUCACAAACAUCGAAGAAAAAAAGAUCAAUAGGGUGCGAGGUUCUCUCUGUCGACUGCAAAGGGGAGUCGAAGAAUGACUUUCGGGUUUUGACUCUUAAACACAAUUGAGACUUUGGGAUGAGGGUUGUUUACAACAGGUGGAAAUUGGGAUGUUUGGAAUUGCAAAUUUGGUUGAAUUUAAAUUUUGAAACUUUUUUUCUUAGCCAAAGCCCAAGAUUAUGUUGUUAUACUAUUAUAUGUGCUUAUCGAUUUUCUUAUCAAUUAACAUUAGCCAACUAUUCUGUUGGUGAUUAACCACUAAGCAAAAUAUAGCUAGCCACAAACAAAUCACUAAAGAAAUUAUAGAUUAUCAGCAAACCACUAACCAUUUAAUCGAUUCUAUUAUGGAAUAACAUAUACCAGCUAACAUCUUGUCCUCAUUAAUCCACAUUUAGUGUGGGUUCAUUAAUUAAAGUACAAUUUCUGCCCAUGGGCAACAGACCGAGGUAAAUGGAAGAGACACAAUGAAAAGGAAAAAAAUACUCGGUUUCUCUUCUUUUUCUUUCGAAUCUGAUGGGAGAGACUGCGAUGAACAACAUUGAAUGAGUUCAGGCUAGAUUGAAGGUUCUUAACGAAAAUCGGAUUCCUGACAAUAUGCAUACAUACAUCUAUAUUUUGGUGUUACUAUAAACAAUAGAAUUUCCCACAGCCUAAAAACUGUUUUCCUUCUUCUCUUUUCCUUGCCUUCUUGGCUUUCUUCCUCUGCUAUCUGAAAUUCUUCAACAGGUGGGAAGAAGUGGAAGGACUCGACAAGCUGCUCGUUGCACCUGUAGUAGAAGAAAAUGGAAGGUGUGCCCAUCAAAGUCUUGGCAGCACUCUUGAGAACUGCAUCGGGACUGGUGGUACUAGUACUUCUCGUUGGAGAAUCCCACAGCCGAAAUGGACUGAUGCAGUUUGCUGAAGAUAACAUGAAUUGGCGGAUACCAAGUGGACUGUACUCUUUGCUGAAGAUCACUAUCAGGUUGCACGAGAUCACAACUUAGGAAUGGAAGAUCCAAGCUUGCGAACCGUGGAGGCUCGUAGCAUAAAAGAUCCUGUAUCAUCGCCUUGUUGCUGAUCUAGUCCACCAUCAUUCAUCUUCUGCAAAUCUGAAGCUUCUUCCAAACAUGAUUCUGCUUGCAUCAUAUUCCCACCACCACCAUCACAGGAGUGCAUAACACUUGCUAUGAGAUCUUCACCAUCACAGGUCAAUGGCUAGGCAUUGUUCAUGAAAAUAGCAUGUGGAAUGGCUCAGGUGAGGUGAGUAUCAUGCUCAUGCCUGCAUUCAUUGAUGCUCUCAUUCGAUUAUAUUAUUCGUCGUCUUUGUAUUGAGAUUCGUUGAUGUGUCAUAAAGAUGCCUUGACAUUAGUGCAGCGUUCAGUACUGGCCAACUGGCAUCUCGAUUUUCUGCUACCAUGUGCACAUUCUCAGUCAACGUUUAGAUAUCCCCACCGGGAUCUUUUGAUCAAGCCGUGUAUGUAGAGUAAGUGGGUUUUGGAUCAUAAUCCUCUCUUGUGCUUUCUGCAAAACCUUCUGAUCCCAUUUUUCUUGCAUCUUCCUCCUCCUUCCUUCGCCUUUGGACCCCUUUUUCUUCAAAAGGUCUCUGCCAAAGAUGGCAUUUGCUGUUGCUGAAGCGAUCCUCAAGAAGUUGGCUCCCCUUGCUGCUGAGCAAGCAGGUCUCCUCUGGAGCUUGAAGAGCGAUUUCCUGAAACUGAAGAGCACGGUUUCCUCCAUCAAGGCCGUGCUGUUGGAUGCUGAGGAGCAAUCGGGUCUGAACCAUCAGAUUCGAUUAUGGCUCGAUAAUUUGAAACAGGUCCUUUAUGAUGCUGAUGACUUGCUGGAUGAUUUCUCCACGGAGGCUCUGUUGAAGCUGCGGAGGAACGAUGGGAAUCGCUGUCUGAACGAGGUAUGCCUCUUCUUUACGCGUUCCAACCAAUUGGUUAGUGGUCUUGUGAUGGCACAUCGGUUGAAGGCCAUCAGGAUCAAGCUGGAUGAGAUUGAUGAGAAUCGGAGGAAGUUUAAUCUCGAAACGCGCCUUCGAGAUCCGGCUGCUGCUGCUGCUGCGAUCAAGCACGAGAGGCAGACUGACUCCUUUGUUCCAUAUGGAUUUGUUGGGAGGGAGGAAGAUAAGAAGAAAAUAAUUGGUAUGCUAUCAUCCACCAACAAUGAGCAGAAAAUUGAGGUUAUUCCUAUUCUCGGAAUGGGGGGUCUCGGGAAAACCGCUUUGGCUCAGUGUAUCUACAAUGAUAAGGAUGUGUCUGCUUGUUUUCAGUUAAAAAUUUGGAUAUGUGUGUCGGAUAAUUUCGAUCAAGUACUAUUGGUCAGGAAGAUGUUGGAGUCUAUAACCCGACGUAAAGUAGAAGAUCUUGACUUGGACAUCUUGAAAGGGGAACUUAAGAAGGAGAUGGAUAAUAAGAGGUUCUUGUUAGUGCUGGAUGAUGUUUGGAAUCAUGGUGACUACAAGGGCAAUUGGGAUAGCUUGAUGAGUUUUUGGUUGCAGGUCGGGGCAGUUGGUAGCAAAGUUAUCGUCACUACCCGUCUUGGAGAUAUCGCGAAUCACUUCGCAACGAAGGGGAUUAAACCACACAACCUAAAAGGUUUAUCUGAGGAAGAAUCGUGGUUUUUGUUUGAACAAAUAGCAUUCGAGGGUGAAGUGGAAGGUGGUGAAAGAUUUGUAGACAUAGGAAAAGAGGUCAUGAGAAAAUGUGUGGGAGUUCCUUUGGCCAUAAGGGUGAUUGCCAGUGCCCUAUCGUCUAAGAGCAACAUUGUUGAUUGGGAGGCUAUACGAGAUAAACAAGCAAUGUUUGAUGGGGAUGACGAGAGAAAGAUUUUGGGUACUCUUAAAUUGAGUUAUGACAACCUGCCUUCUGAAUUGAAAGUGUGUUUUGUCUAUUGCAGCUUGUUUCCGAAAGAUUCUAAUAUUGAUGUGAAAUUGUUGGUGCAAAUUUGGAUGGGGCAAGGAUUUAUCAACUCUAGUCAAUCGUCAUCUGCUUCAUUUGAGGUUGGAGUUGAAUAUUUCAAGAGUUUGUUGUCUAGGUUCUUUUUUCAAGAGCCGGAAAGUGAUGCAUGGGGGAAUGUAAAGUGGUGUAAGAUGCAUGAUUUGAUGCAUGAUGUAGCCCUGGGGAUUGCAAGUGAGGAGAUCGUAGCUUUAAAAGCUUUAGACUCGAUGGAAGGUCUUGUCAAUUCUAAUAGGCUUCGACACUUAUCAUUUGAUUUUGAAGAAAAACCGACAGAGACAUGGAAAGCUCUAGAUGCGUUGGCUAGUGCAACAGUACUGCGAACUUUUCUUCCUAUAAAUAUGCCUUUUGCUGAGCUUAACUGUGAGAUGAUCUUCUCAAAUAAUACUAGGCUGAGAGUUUUAAGUCUCCACGGUGCUAAACUGGAGAGUGUGCCCCGCUCCAUCCAUAACUUGACACAUCUCAGGUACCUAAAUCUUUCUCACAAUCAUAUGGAGGUGCUUCCCAACGAGAUUACGGUACUAGUAAAUUUACAAGUGCUCAUACUUGAUUAUUGUGAGAAUCUCAAGCAAUUGCCAAGAGAUAUUGUGAAAUUGACAGAUCUCGAGUUUCUUAGCCUCGUUGGGUGUUCGAGUUUGAAAGGCUUGCCACUUGGUAUCGGACGGCUCACUCGCUUAAGAGAAUUAUCCCUGUUCAUUGUGCCACCUGCAUCAUACUAUUCACAUGAAGCAGUCGCUGCUAGAAUCAGCGAGCUGGAGCAUCUCGACAAUCUAAGUGGGAAAUUGAAGAUCAUAAAUCUGGAAUUGGUGAAAGAUGAGGCUGAAGUGAAGGCAACAAGUUUGUUUCGGAAGCAACAUCUUCAAGCCUUGACAUUGAAGUGGAGCUUACCGAGACGAGUUUUUGCUGGCAGGGAUGUUGGGGUAGCAAAGGCGUUGGAGCCACAUAAUAAUUUGAAGGAGCUAGAGUUGGUUGGUUAUGGCGGUCACAGUCUACCUAGCUGGGUCUCUACUACUCUCCAGAAUCUGAUUCGCUUGACAUUGUUUAAUUUAGGUCGCUUAAAGUACAUAGAGGAUGACGCUGGGCAGUUUCUUCCCCGCUUGAAAUCCCUCCGCAUUAUCAACUGCCCUAGGCUAGUAAGCUGGAGGUCAACCACAGAGAUAGAAAUGCCGCAGUUCCCUUCUCUUUCACAUCUCUACAUUGAGAAGUGCCCGAAACUGGUACGGCUUGCUCAUUUUUCGGCGGAUAUUGAAAUGGUUCACUUAAGAUAUGUUGACCGCAAACUGUUGGACCAGUUUGUUGCCUCACUUCCACCACCCAGCUCCCCUUCGCGGCUCAGAGAACUGACAAUCGAGGGGAUAAGAGGCCUUCGAAUUUUGCCGCAAGGUUUACUCCCACAUCUUGCAUCCCUUGAAGAAUUGUGGAUAUGGGAUUGCCCGAAUCUUAUGAAUCUGUCUCCACCGGCUACUAGUCAACAACAACAUCUCACUUCCCUCCAGUUCUCUGCCCUUCCAAACCUCCGUGAAUUUUAUAUCCGGGGACUUCCAAGGAUGAAGAGUCUACCAGAGUGGCUUCAACAUUCCUCUAACUUGCAGAUGUUGCGGAUACGUAGGUGUGGCGGUCUCAAGUGCUUGCCAAAAUGGCUGCCCAAGCUCACAGCGCUAGUUACUCUGGAGGUGAAAGACUGUCAUUUUCUAUCAGCCAGGUUGAGGAGUAGAACGGCCGAGGACUGGCCCAAAGUUGCUCACAUUCGGAAGAUUGAUAUUAAUUACACCACCGUUCAAGAGGAUGGUAACUACUUGAGUGUAGAAGAACCAGCAGAUGAAAACCAACUUCAAGAACAAGAAGCAAGUGGAGGAGAAGAAGAAGAAGAAGAAGAAGAUGCUAGCGAAGGCGAGGGAGAAGAAGACGAUGAUCAUGAGGGCGAGCUCGAGGAAGAAGCAGAAGGACUACCCUUGGGCAUUCCGUCUCCAAGGAUGUGGUCAGAUUGCAUUGCGAGACUCACUUGUAACCUAUUCCAGAGAUGCUUUCUCGGCUAGUUAGCAAACGUUCUCUCUCGGGUAUUUUGACGCAUACAUACGAGACUUAUCGCAACCUGCAUGCAUAUCCGACAAACUAGUGAUCAGUAUUCGCGGUCUGCAGAGUUAUUUGUGAGACCUCUGUGACGUACAAGCUUGUUCUCUUGGACCAAAUUAGACAAUUUCACUCCAUGUUUCUUGGCAAUAGUUGCAUCUUGCUUGUUUUCUACCAGCUUGAACUUCCACCAUGUGGUGACUAGUUCUGUUCUUAUCUCUUUCUUUGUAACCUUCAUUGUAGAUUCGGUUUUGGUUUCAUCAAUCCUCUUAAAACCAAAGAAAACGCAGACACAAUCGAAAUAGGACCGAGACUAGAUGUACUUUCAAUUCGACUCUGGUCCUCAUUGUUCCUUUAUCUUUAUUCCAGUCCUAUUCUGGACGGGGCCGGACCAAGCAUGCUCAGUUCAUUUGUUUUAUAGUAUACAUGGUUGUCUCACUUUGCUAUUAUAGAACAAAUCUCCUUGAGCUGCAAAAAGUUUCAGAUGUUGGCAGAGAUGUGUCAGAGUUGUGUUGAGUUGAUUCAACUUGUUAAUCUCAUAUGGAAUCAGUCAUUUGUGCAGUUGGGAGAGGAUGAAGCCAUUGCAACUUGCAUAAAUCCCUCUUCCUUAUGCCGUGGACAGUGAAGAAUUCCGCGCGCGAUGGUUUCAACAGAGUAGCAUGUGUGUUUUUGUUACAAAGUACGAUCCAACUUUGUUUCUGUAAGUGUGUCUGAUUGCCUUCAAAUUUCUGUUCUUGUUGUUUUGUCCAAAAAAGGGGAAUAUCUUGCUUUUCCUUUGCGAUUCCAACUGUAUUCGAGUGUAAAGAAAAGGAACAGGUACGGGCAAGAAGAUGAGGAGUGGAGCAUUUUGUGUGAUUUUGUGUACAUACAAAACAGUAAUUUGCUUGCCAGUUUGUAAGGCUGUGUUUGAUUUUUGAUAAUUAGCCCCAUGUAGUAGGGACUGGACUGAUAUUAUUAGAAGUGAAGUUCAGUGUGUUUGAUCAGUUAAGCAUUAGCAGGAAUUUUAAUCCCAACUAGCUAAGAACCACGACGACAUGUGCACGAGACGACGAGGGCACGUGCUACUCGUCAAUGAGGUCAUGUCAUGCCACGAGAAGACAGUCGUUAAGCCCCGAGAUGGCAUGGGCACGAUCACGAGUGGACAUGGGCGUGAGUUGAUAGGGAGGUGGCCUUCUUACCAUUGUGGGGCGGGCUAGCUCAUGGUCACAAAAGCCAGUGUGGCUGGUCCACGCCCCACGGUAAAGGUUGGAACGAGACAAAAUGAAAUCAACAAGGUUUA